ACCAUGUUCUCCUGUAAACUGUAAACCAAGUAUAUUAUCUGAAUCUAACAACUACGUGGUUCUGGCUGUAGAUUCAACUCUCAUCUUCUUUAGUAAAGACUGUCAGGAUGCUGAAAGCCUUGUGUUUAACUCUAAAAUAACCUGCCUGGCUCUCUCCUCCUCCGCUAACUUCAUCGUAUUAGGUUUGGUGGAGGGACGGAUGGAGUUUCUCCAUGUUGCCACUAGAAAGAUUCUCACUAGUAUACCCAUCCUGGAUACUCAAACCGGGAACAGGUUUUAUUCUGCUGCCCUGCUGGGACCUGGAAACAAUUCCAAAAUAUUUCUGGUAAUGACAGGGUUGGUGGUUAGUUUUGAGAAUCUGAACCUGGAUUUUCUCCACUCUGCCAUCAUGACUGGAGACUUAAACUCUCUCAAGUCCGCGCAGUCCUCCUUCGUGAAGUGCGAGUACAGUUUACCUCUAGAUAUAGAUUGUGCACUGGUCUAUAUGGAUUCUCUGUUCAGUACAAAUAUAUUGGUAUCCAGUACUGAUGGAUUAGCGAGGUUGGAGAUCCAAGAUGAAGAAAUGAUCAUUUCUGAAGAACUUGAGUCGGAGGGUUUUGGAGGAGGGAAAUUAAUCAAACUAAUCGCUGGGAAGGAUAGGAGGUGUUUAUACAUCUUAGACAAUCUGGGUCAAGUUCAUAUCAUUUGUACUUUAACCUUGACCGUUCUCCGUAGUUUCAAGGACGUGAAAGUAACAGAUCUGGUUCUCCUGGAGGAGGAGAACUCCAGCGAACUCCAGUUCCUCCUGGUUACUCAGGACAGCUCCGGAUCCUACCUGGAGUUGAGGAACAGUAGAACCUACCAGGUGAACUACCGGCUCCAGGUAUCUGAGUUGUGUGUACCCCUGGUUGCGGAUUUAUCUCAGGAUACUCCUAUGAUGUUGGAAGGAACUGCAGACGAUGUCAUGGCUCCAGAGAAUAUUACAAAACUCAGGCUCAGGGGGAUUACAGAAGGAAUUCCACAGGUUCGUUUAGAGAGGAUCUUGAGACGGGGAAGGUUCGAUGAAGCGGAAAAGUUUGCAGAAACCUUCGGACUAAAUAAGGACUGUAUUUACAGGGGGAAAGUAUCCAGGCUCCUGGAACGAUUAUCCCCCUGGAACACGUCCACAGAUGCGGAAACUAAAGAGAAACUGUUCCUGGACGCCAAGGAAUGUUUAUCGAAUCUUCAGGAUAUGGAGUUUGUGAUGGAAUGUUGUAGUUUGGCAGCUCUGCCUAGUAUUGAGAUGACCAGGGAACUACUGGAGUUUGCUCGGAGAAGGAUCGGAAUUUUCUCCGAGGAUAAACAGUUAAAUGCUCGUAAUUUGCUUAGAAUUGGAGAAACCAUGCAUAGGCUUGAAACCUAUGUAAUAACAGAGGAGGAACAGAGCGUUGAAUCCUGGAUGAAGUUCUCUAGAGUUGAUAUCCUCUCAGAGAUCAAGAAAACCUUGACAAGGGGAAAUGUUAACACUGCCUUGUUGUACUGGGUUAGACAUCAAGCUGAGUUGAGAAGUAGGAUGGAUCUACCUCAGAUUCUAGAUAUUCUUUCCAGUCUUCCCGUUAACAUAUCUAUACAGACCCAGCUGCGCUGGUUGCGUCAGUUCAUCCCUGAUGUAUUGCAGAUCCUUCCUGAUUCCCUGCCAAGCUUAGCUGCUUGGGCCUGCAACAGCGUUAAGGAGCUAGAAGGGAACCAUCACGACUGGCCUGAGAAAGGUCUUUGCUUUGCCGAGGAUGUGUUGGCAACCAUGCAGUUUGAGAAGUUUGAUGAUUUCAAUCAGUUCCUUACAAUCCUCACCCUUAACCAGCAGAGAUCAGAGAAUGAUUCAGCUCUUUCUAAACUUAUUAAUCUUAUCAACAUGCUGAAAGAUCUUCUCCAGCUUAAGACUGAGUUCAGGAUCAAGAUCAAAUUGAGUGAGUUCAGCGUGGAAAACAAGUUCAGUGUUGUAUCCAGUAUCCUGGACUGGGUUAUGCUUCCCGAGGACAUCCCGAACCUGAUGAAUGGGUUCCUCACCCAGUUCAUCCUCAAGUUUAAGAUGAACGUUAACCAGACCCUGAUGGAGUACACAAUGAAUCUGCUGCACAACACCAACUUCACCUGGCACUGGCAUGUUGGGGCUGCGCCCUGGGAGGAGAAGGUUUUACAGCUCCUCCCCUUUAUCACAAGCGUUGAGGAAUUGAGCAACGUUAUCCUGGAGGCUGUUAAACAAGCCCCUGUACCAUGGAGCAAAACCAUAUUUGAUAUUUGUGAGAUUGGUUGCGCACUUAAACACCCCAAUUCCAUGCAGAUCAAAGAACAGAGCUCCUUAGUAUCAGUUAAAGGUAUAUUCCGAAAGUACGAUUGUAGGAACUAUAUGAUGACGGGACGAGAUGCUGAACGACUUUUUCUUUACAUCCUCACCAAGGGCGGAGAGGAAGGAUUUAAGGAUAUCCUAGAGGUGUGUAAAGUUAUGGGGACCAUGUCACAAAGUGAGGUGAAGAAAAUGUAUAUUGAACACCUACUGGAGAAUCAGAUAGAUCCUCUCAAAGCAUUUCGUAUUGUUCAAGACAUCAUGGAAGAAUCCCAGGCUGAUGGUGUCCUAGUGUGUGAGGAGAUUAUAAACAAAGCUGGGAUAUGUUUCAAGCUUGAGAUAGGAGAGGAGGUGGAAACUGCAUACUCUCAGCUCCUUCAUAGCAUUGUAUCCACGUACUCCUCCAGAUUGAAGAAUACCCAGCUCCAGGUUAGCAUUACAACUGCAGGAUUUCUCCUCAACGCUCUGAACCUGAAGAAUGAAUUUGGAUUAAAAACAGCGGAGACAGAUUUCUCUAAUAGAUCUGGUUCAAUCAGAGACAUCAACACAAACAAAGAUAUUCUUUUCAAAUAUAUCGAGGAUCUUGUGCCAACAGAUCCAGGGAGUAAGGAUUUGUCCCAUGAGUUGAACCGAAUUCUCCGGAUCUGUGAUCUAACUGGAUUAAGUCAUGAAGAUGGGAUUGGACGAUAUAUCCUUCUCCUGAACAAGCGAGGGUUGUACAAGGAGUCCCUAAAGGUUGCUGAAAUUCUUCAAAGAUCAUCCUUAAACCCAACACUGGCAAACACACUCUACUCAGUGGUGUACAACACCGAGGGCGUGGCAAGCCUGGGUGGGGAAGUUGGAACACUCCCUGAUACCCUCUCCUCCCUGUGUUCCUCUUCCUUGGUUUACUGCCAGGAUUCUGCUCUGAUUGAUACUCUAGAACUAUACUCCUGGCAAUCAAUAUCAUCCAGGAUUCAUGCAGAGUCGCAUGACCGGCGUGCCUACUCUUCUGCAAGCACUACAUCCCAGGAUGUUUAUCAAGAAUGGAAGUUUUCUCACGUAUUUAAGGAUAAAGGUUUACCCCUGGAUGGAGAGGAGCUGCUACCAUAUUGUUACCAGGGUCUAGAGAGUGUCCUACCCCUGGUAGAGAACCCUCCUUUACAAUAUCUCCCCAGGAGUAAUCAAACUACUGUAGAGGUUUGUGAUCUAAAUGUGACAACUCCUGAUCUAGAAUCUAUCGGGAAUGGAGUAGAUGCCAGGACUAUUUGCCUGGAUCUUGUUAGUUAUGGAAACUCUUUAGUUUCAAGUCUUCAAACUGCUGGACAUGCACAGCUAGGAUUCCAGGUUCUUGAGAGAGUUGAAAGCGUUCUUGAUUCUCUUCUACUAGGCACGGAUCCAGAGUUCCAGGGUCAGGUGCAGGUCAAGUGCUCACAGGUCAAGGUGAACCUGGUCUCUCAGCUGGCUCAGAGGAUACUCUCGGAUUCUAACCCUGAACCUAAACUCUGCCUAGGACUCCUCAAUAUUCUGGAACCUAAAACUGUUCUCUCUCUCCUUUCCAAGAUUUAUUUAGGGUUUGGGCAGGAUUAUAGGCGGAUAAGUAGUUUGGCAGCUGUAGGAUAUCAGUUCUGUAAACUCUUCAAUCUUUCUAAACAGGGAGACCAGUUUCUUGAGUUGUUUAUAAAAUCCUCCUGGGGUAAACAAUCCUCAGCUCUGGAGGUUCCCUUCAAGACAGCAUUCUCAGGUAGUAUCAAGGAGAAGGUUGAUGCCCUGGAGCUCAUGGUUCUCCAUCCUGGAGCUACAGUAGACCUACUCCUACAGUACUCCAGAGCAUUCAAGAUCCCACCCAACCAGACCCUUAUCCUUUACACCAGCACACUCUUCAGAAAAAUGGAGGCAAAGGUUGGAGAGGAUGGAGAACUGGAGCAAGAGAACAUUAGCGAGAUCCAUGAUAAGUUAAAGAAAGGACUUUGUCUGUUCUCUUCUAAGGAAGCAGUUUAUCAAUACCUUGUACAGGAAUUCUCUAAAGUGAGUCCUUACAACUAUGAGGCAUUGGAGUUUAUUCUAGAAGAAAUCCAUCAACACAGGAUGAGUGGAACUCCGGCUCCAGAGUUUACGGAGAAAGCUUCCAGAAUUUUAGGCUUCCUUCUGCAGUACAAAAGAAUAUCCGCCCCCCAACCUGAGGCUGAGAUAGAUCCCUGGAUUAAGGAGACUGGAACCUCCUUCCCCAGAAUAGCACUGAGGAGAUUACCCCUCUACAGCCUCAUUGUCCUCCCUAAUAAGGAGAAAUGUAAACUCCUGGAGAAGGAGUUCUCCCUGGAAACCUACAGAUCAUGGAAGCUAGUAUCUGGUAGUCUAGGAGUAUCUGUGGACACUAUCUGUAUGUAUACUGUUACUAAUACAGUAUCUAGUAUACUAGACAGAUCAAAUAAGAUCAAUCAAGAUGCCCAGGAUCAAUGGAGCAUUGAUUUCAACAAUAGAUCAGCGCUGGAGAAUCUUAUGAACUGUAUCCUGGAGAUGAAGAACCCUGAGAAGGCAGCUGCUGUCUCCUGCUGGAUUGUAAACCGGUUACCCAGGGGUGCGGACAAGGUUCUAGCCGCCCACGGAUACCUCCGCAUGGCGGAGGCGUGGCUAGAGAAGGACUCGAUGAACCAGGAGAGUAGGGCGGGGCUGGAUAUAGCUCAGAAGAUGGUUGAGAAGCUUGAAACUGAGCAGGUUCUCUAUCUGCACAACCUGGCGGUCAACCCGUACCUGGAGCUGGUGGAACAGAAUAAACCUGUUGAACUUAUCUCAGCUCUUUACGAGGAUAAGACGAUUAUUUCAAGGAAUAGAGUUGCUUCAGGGGACUAUCCUGAUAUCGCUGGGGCUGUGAAGGAAAUAGUAAGAAUCAACCACCUUAACUACUCCAAGAUGAAGUAUGAUCUAUUAGACCGGUGGCUCCCUCUCUCCUCCGCCACCCUAGCCAACCAGACCAUCUCCGACUUCACCCUGGAGACCAGGGAGGACCUGGAUACAGAGGAACAGGACGAAAUCCAUCUACUCCGGUGUAUCUACAUACUACUUGACGGAGCAGAGGACGGGAUCAGAUAUUUGCUGAAGAGUGCAGUUUCGGAUGAUCCCCUUGUUAGCACCAACCAUCGUUUGCGCGCGUUGAAAUGCUUAUUUAGCAUCGCGAGCAGCAGCGAGCUGGAAGAUUACACAGGAAGGACUGCAGCAGAUCUCCGGACCUAUCUGAAGAACCUGAUUUUUAUCUCCAGGAUGGAGAACUUGAACCUGCCCUUCAACCUGCAGGCCUUCCAGGAGUACAACAAGAGCAGUCUAGUAGAAGGUAUAUGGAGAACUUGUAAACACAGUGUAGAGGGUGUAGUACUAGUUCGAGAUCUCUGCUAUGAGUUCAGUAUCUGGGAUAUCAAUCUUUGGUCUGCUCUACUCACCCAGAUCAAUAAAUUCAGUAUCUACAAGGAGCUGGAGAAAACACUGGUUUUGUUGAGCUCCCAGCCCCAGAUAUGGAGUUCACCGCAGUUUAUUUCCUCUUGGAAUUCUCUUCUCCUCUCUCCAUUCAUCUCCUUAAUUUCCCCUGUGUCAGUUGAAGAUGAGGGCAGAGUAAGGCAUGUUCUUCGUCUGGUUCAUACUUGUCCUACUGCUGGAGACCUAGAACUAGAGAAGGUUGCGGAGGAAUGCCUUAGAACUGAUCUUGCUCAUCUAGCAAUCAUACUUCUACCUUACCUACCACAGGUUCAUGGGUCAAGGUUGCGUGAGCGUAUUCUGAACCAGGUUUCCCAGGUAGAACUGACCAGCAAGCUAGAGGAACUGACUAGGCUAGGUUUCCCUCUGCCUCAGGGGAUCAGUAACACCUGGAGAACCAGUCCUGCUUUGUAAAACCGGACAAGGAUUGAUUCCUAUAGAUUACGGGUUCGGUAUCCUGGUUUUUGGGACGGACAAGGCAAGGUUCCCUUUUCUCAGGGUCCUAGUUAUACUCGGAGAUUGAUUUCUACUUUGAUUUCUACGGAGUUGUUAUAAAAAGUAGAAAAUGUUUUACCUUAUUUUUUACAGAAACUUUUUAUAUCGUAAAGAAGAAUAUAACAAAAAAUUAU